AUGCCGCACCCACGCAUCAAAUUAAAUAUUAUUGAUGAAUUAUUGGAAGAAAAUUACUAUGAUUUUCAGGACUUUAAGAAUGUUUCCAAGAUUGACUCUGGAGGAUCUGCGUCGGUUCACGUUGCAUAUUGGAAGGAUACAUCAACGAAAUAUGCAAUUAAAAAAUUUGACAAAGAUAAAAUUUCUAUGAAAGAAAUCAUUAAUGAAGUUAAUUUAAUGAUAAUUGCUACUAAUCCAAAAAUAAUUCAUUUUUAUGGGGUCACGAAAUUAAAAGACGAAUUAUUAUCGCUUGUUCUUGAAUAUGCAGACGGUGGAACAUUAGAAAAAUAUUUAAGGGAUAACGCAACAACCUUAAUUAAAUGGGAAACUCAAUUAAAAUUUGCUAGUGAAAUUGCAGCUGCAAUUUCAUGGUUACAUUAUAAAAAAAUCAUACACGGGGAUCUUCAUCCCAAAAAUAUCUUGAUAUAUCAACAUACAAUAAAAUUAGCAGAUUUUGGAUGUUCACGUUUACAAGGAUCAGAUUACUACACUAAAGGGUUUACUAAACCUCGUGGCAUAAUACCUUACAUGGAUCCUAAAAUUCUCAAUGCUGAAAGUUAUGAUUUAACUGAAAAAUCCGACAUAUAUAGUUUAGGAAUAGUAUUCUGGGAAUUAACAAGCUGUUCAUCCCCUUUUAAUUUCGAAACAAACAAUGAACCUACUAAAAUAAUUCUUAAAAUCCUUGACGGUAAAAGAGAAAAUCCCAUUCCUAAUACAAACAAUAAAUUCGUUGUGCUUUACAAAAAAUGUUGGCAACAUAAACCAGAUGAUAGACCAGAUAUUCAUCAAGUAAUUUCAGUACUUAAUAGUAUUGGUCCUAUUAUUCGUAUUAAUUCUGAAAACAACAGUGUAUCAGAUAAUAUUAUUUCUACUGAUGAAAGCAAUACAAGCAAUACAACAGAAAAAUCAGAAAGCGAAGGUUCUGACUUGUCAAACUUGCCAAGUUGCGAAGAUUAUGACAUAAAUGCCGAUAAAUACCAAGUAUAA